UUCAUCAUCAUGUUUAUUCACAACACCUGUAACAAUCAUGACAUUGACAUAUCAGACAAACAUAAGUAAUGAAAGAUGGCGUUCACCCCAAGCUGUGAGCCCCAACAAUAAACUAAAUAAUAAGACAUCUCGCUCAAUGCCACAAUGGCUGCAGGCAAGGGGUUCUGUAUUGCCUCCCCCACCACCCCCACCAACCCAAGCAGACCUCACAAACCAUGUGGAUCCUGAUUAUGAAGUUAUAGAGUUUUCAAACAAUCAAGCUUAUAUUAAUGCACCGACAAUAAUGAAUCACGGUAAAGGAAAAGAAGGAAGGAGAUGUGACCUGUGCGGGUCAUCAGCUCCCAGUGUUAAAUGUGAUAAAUGUGCUCAGCAGAACUUCUGCUAUUCCUGUGAUGAUAUGUACCAUCGACAUCCAAAGCGGCAAAGCCACAUAAGGAAGCCGUUGGAGCCGUCGAAAGCAAAUUUCCGUCCCCCCCUACCCCCUAAAGGAGAGAGCUCUUCUGCCCCUGUCCCUCCCCCACGACGAAAUAAGAGAAUGAGUCGAACGUCAACCCCUGGACCACCUGAUCAGGGGUUCAAAAAAGAUGGAAGUUUAAUGGGCAGCCUCAGAAGAAUGAUGGGCACUAGGCCACUGCCUCCCACUCCAACAUUAAUUUCAAGAGAUCCAAGACAAGACAAGAUGAUGGAGUUCCAGGAUCAUCAGCCUCCAAGCAGAGAUAGCGGCUACUUGGAUUGGGAACUGGACAGUCGACACAGAUCAGGCAGCCUGACAGCACUCAAUGCGCCAAACUUUGCACCAUUAAUGCAUGCACAAUCAAUGGCACAACUGAACUGCCCCAGCUGCCAACACCACGGCAUGGUCUGGGAUUGGAACCAUCAACACAUGGCCGGAGGCUUCAACAGGCCGGCCUGGAAUGGACUGCCAACCGGCACCUGGCACGGCUCAGCCAUGAUCCCACAAUUCAAACAAGAAAGCUCAAUGGAUGGCCUCCGGAGGAACAGUCUGAGGCCGAGAAGAAGCCGGCGGGAUUUGGCUAGUGAUAUGUCAGGUGAGGAGGACGAGACAUUCUUCAGGCGACGCCAUACGUCUCCUGCGCGGUCGCGUCGGGGCAUGGUCAGCGACUUCGAUGACUCAGAUGAUGACGACCUUGUGUCUCAUAAGAGUGGCAGGCGAUCUAGGAGGAGGGGAUCACCGACUCGGAAUGUGUCUCCGGCGAUGUCUAGGAAGAGUUCAGUCAGGAAGAUGUCCGUUGAAGAGAUGAUAAACCAAAGGCUGAGAAAGAAUGAUGAGGAGAGCUUCUCAUCGAAAGGGCGUAACUAUGAUGACAAUGAUACUGUGUCUCUUCGAGGAGGAAGAAGGACGGAUGAUCAUGAUACUGUGUCUCUUCGUGGAGGAAGAAGGACAGAUGAUGAGGUCUCUUCGAAUAGAGGAGGAAGACGCUACCAGGAUGACGAGGUAGCCUCAAACCAUGGACGGAGCAGGAGGUACGACGACGAGACCAUGUCUCAGAGGGGCGGUCGCCGCAGUAGCAAUGUGUUGGACGACACACAUUCCAAUCGGGGAGGAAGAAGGAACUCUGAGAUUCGGAGACGGCGCAAUAAAUCACCUGAGCCAAAGAGCCACGCGGCUCCCGUGAGGAGAGAACCGUCAAGUGAGGACUCCGGCGAUGAGCUGUCCGAUGAAAACAAGCAGUCAAGGAUGACAACAAACAAGAAUGAAGAAGUGGAGAAAGAAGUUGUCAAGUCUACAGAGGAGACAAACGGCAAGGAAAGUGCGAAUGAGACUGAGGAGCCUCUGGGUCCAGUCCCGACGCAGCAGUGGGAGUGUGACCACUGCACGUUCGUGAACCGGGCCGGCACACGAGUCUGCACCGUCUGCUGCAAGACCACGGCCAAGCCAAAGUACAUCGAAGAGAAGAAGAAGGCAACGCCUGUCGAAGCUGCCACAAAAGCCAAACCUCUGCUACCCAAACAGAAGAGCAUCACCGAAGUCGACUUGGUGAAGAGGAUGGACGACAUGUCGUUCAGCGACAACGCUCACGACAAAGAAACUGCACAAGAAACAGAAGAGGAGAAGAGGAGGAAGAAGAAAGGUAGGCGGAGGACUAUAUCAUUUUGGAUUGGCACUAAGUUAUAUUCGCAUUUGCAGACUUACGACAUUCUGAGACCGAAGCUGCGGCGAGCAGCGUCAUUGGCUGACCACGACUUAUGGGCGGCGCCACAGCGGUCAGUUAGUCGACAAUCGCUGACAAGUGACAGUCAGAGCCUGCCGCUGACGCCGUCCCGCAGCCAGAGCCCGGGUGCCGAGAGCCUGCCUUCGUGGGGCGACCUGCACCUCAAACGGGACGCGGCCGCCAGGGAGCAACUCUGGGGAGACCUGCAGUCCGAGAACGGCAAUGUCAGAAACAACUUCCAAAUGACACGCAGACCCUCGGAGCCGGCACUCAAUUCAAGGGCAGUUGUAAGACGAGCUGGUUCUCAACCACCAGAAUAUUUCAACACUCUUGUACAGAAGCAGAUGAAACAGGGAUUAGAAAUGGUGAAACUUUUGAGGGAAGCCGAAGAUAACCAGUUCAGCGCGGAUGAGCUGGGCAUUGCGCUGAACCAGUGCGGCGAGGGCAACCCGGUCACGUGGUUGGUGAACAACUGGCGCAACAUGGUGGACACCGUGGUGACGCUGGCCACCAACUACGGCCACGAGCGCAAGGAGAACACAGUGGGCACCAUCUCUGUGGCUGAGGCCAAGGAGGCCCUCAUCACCCACAACGGCAACGUGUGGGCCGCAGUCACAGAGUGCAUUGAGCAGCGACAGAAAAAGUAUGCUGACUUGAUGUCGAGAGGCAAUUUCACACGCGAAGAUAUAGUGACCGUUCUAACAGCAAACCAUGGUAACCUGGAAUCAGCAUUCCUCGAGCUGAAUAAGAAUCAGCUGAAACCUUUUUUGAUGAGAAUAUGGGGGCCACCUCAAGGCACUGACAAUGAUAGUGGCAACAUUAUAGGGCUCCAACAAACAGCUGUUGUUAAUUGGCAGGAAGCCGAAGAUAACCAGUUCAGCGCGGAUGAGCUGGGCAUUGCGCUGAACCAGUGCGGCGAGGGCAACCCGGUCACGUGGCUGGUGAACAACUGGCGCAACAUGGUGGACACCGUGGUGACACUGGCCACCAACUACGGCCACGAGCGCAAGGAGAACACAGUGGGCACCAUCUCUGUGGCCGAGGCCAAGGAGGCACUUAUCACCCACAACGGCAACGUGUGGGCCGCAGUCACAGAGUGCAUUGAGCAGCGACAGAAAAAGUAUGCUGACUUGAUGUCGAGAGGCAAUUUCACACGCGAAGAUAUAGUGACCGUUCUAACAGCAAACCAUGGUAACCUGGAAUCAGCAUUCCUCGAGCUGAAUAAAAAUCAACUGAAACCUUUUUUGAUGAGAAUAUGGGGGCCACCUCAGGGCACUGACAAUGAAAGUGGCAACAUUUUAGGGCUCCAACAAACAGAUGGUACGGAGUUUGUGGAAAAGGCAAAAAGCAUUGAAAGACAAGGGUCGAACACUUCGGAUGAGGUGAGUGAUGACAAUAACUCUAACGAGGCCCCUAGAUAUUCUCAAGUAAAAUCGUGGCUGGAGACCGCUCAGGAUUCAGACAAAGACAGCGACAGAGUCGAAAUGAACGUGCUAGAACAGCAACUGAGGAAGGUGUCACUGCCGGGUGACGAGGAGUAUGUCGGCACCAUGUUGCUGAAAAGCAUCCCCCACAAACCAACCAAUCAGCAGCUGAUUGAACUUGCCAAGCAGCAGAACAAAUGGAAGUCUGAAUCACAACUGUUGCAUUACUACGAUAAUGAGGAGUUUAUAAGUAACCGAAAAAGAAAAAAGAAACUGAGGGAGGAAAAGUCCAAGACCGUGUACACCGAUACCCUGGGAGAUACAAAUGUUAUUGAGAGAUUGAUUCUUGACGGAAAUAUACAGCAGGUUACUCGACACUUGGAAGAUCAAUAUAGAUUUGAUGAUGAAGUUCCAAAUGAUAUACAAGAUCAAAUAAAGAAAACUGUUCUAAAUAAUGCAAGCCACAAAAGAAAUGAGAGACCCAAUGAUACAAAUCUGCCUUUUGUUGACUUGAACGAACUAGCCAGUAGAUUAAACUUGAAACCAGCUGCUUUAGAAGAUCAAGAGUUUCAAGAGAAGAAACGAAAUAAUGUAUUGAAAACUUAUUCCUAUGAUGAUCAAGGAAGAAACUCUUCCAGUGAAGAAUUGGCCAUUCAACCACAAAACAUCAGACCAACUAUUUACAACGCUGUAAAUAACGUUUCACUCAGUCCAGAGAGCUUAAAUCGUUCAGAGGAUGAUACAAUCAAGUCAGUUGAUAACAACUUUGAUUAUGCUCAAUUUGAUAAUAUCAGUGAACCAGAAGUGUUAACAUCAUCCAAGCUAAUUGUAGCUCUUGAUAAAGGUAUGAUAGAUAAAAUUAAGUCAGAUCAAAAAUCUGCAAAUAGUUCUGUGAGUGAUGAUAAUUCUCAAAUGAACAAUAAUAGAAAUCCACAAAAAGGAAAUAACCCUUUGAAACGAAGCUCAUCAAUGGACAUUAAAGUAAGUACACUUCAAAUUCAAAUCAAUGGUAGUCCAAAUAAUAAUAACAAAAAAAUUAGUUUACCAGAAUCAGUUCAGAAGAAUGAUAUAUCGAAUGAUACCACUGGUAAUGUAAAUGAUGCAAAGCAAGAAUCCACCAGAAGUGAAGUUGUUGUUCAAGAAAUUGAUCGCAAAAUUGAUGAUGUUGAAUUGAUUCCAGAGGUCGUUUCAAAAGACUCUACAAAUGGGAAGUAUUUUGAAGAGAUAUUUGUAAGAACUGUUAAUUCGUCCGAGAAUGAUACAAAGACUGAUGACAAUGAAGAUGAGGAUACAGAGGAGUUUCUUGAUACACUCCAGAGUCCAAUAGGUGAUACCGGUAUUCAAGAUAUUAAUAACAUUAUUGAAGAGCCAAUUGUUCCAGUAAAUGUGAAUCAAACAAUCAUCAUAACCCAAGAUCUCGAUAAAAAUGAAACAAGUGAUGAGAGCGUUCUCUAUUCAUUUCCCAACAAUGACGUCACGCCAAUCUCUUCACCAUCCACUCCAAUUUCGGAGAGAUUGUUGGAGUCCUAUUCAAGUAACAGUUCACAGAAAACUAGUUCUUCGAUCGCAGAAAGUCGAGCGGAAAUUUUGGAUUUGCUCAAAGCUAGCCUAUCAGACGACCAAGUCUUGGAUAGAAUAGUUUUUAGUCUAUUUUCAAACGUUUUGGGUGACAGAACUACUCCGACACAAACAAAAGUUGAUGAUCAUUCCAAAUCGUUCGAUUCAUCAUCAAAAUCGCCUCUGCCAACAAAACGCCUGAGCUUCUCUUCUGAAUCAGAGAUAAAUGCUGAGAGCGAGUUUUAUGAAGCUGAAGAAGAAGUUGAAAGUGUUCCCGUGCAAACGGCACCAGUCACUGUACUUCCACAAUCGACUCUCCAUGAUUCGAAAGAGCAAGACUCAGGUUUAUCAAAUGUAACUAAUAAGGGAGUUGUGGCCGAUCAGAGAGAGAUAGAAAUUCAACCUACUCUGAUCUCAAGUGAGAAAGAAAUCACUCCCAUAACGCGGGACGUAACUUUGGAAAGACUGAAAGAUAUUGUUGAGAAUACCGUAGUGUUCAAAGACACUAAUCCUUCAUCAGCGAAGAAUAGCUUGGAAAGGAAUUAUAACACUGAAAAACUCAAGCUGAAUACCGGAAAUAGAACGCAGAAUAUGGCAGAUGAACAAGUCUUCAGAAACGAGGAUGCUGAAGCCCCUGUGGUACAGGUUCAAGUUACACACACAGCAGAUGCUCAACCGAAUAUUGGAAGAGCAAUAGAUGCAACAGAAGAACUAGAGACAGAAGAAGAAGAGGAGGAGGAGGAAAUUGAGGAGGAAGAAGAAGUGGAGGAAGUAGAGGAAGAGAUCGAAGAAGAACCGAUAGAGGAGAGAGAGGUGGAAGAAGAGAAUUUGGGGGAACCAGAGAAUGAUCAGAGCUCAAUAAAAGAGAAUCUCGUAGUUGAAAUUGAGAAAAUUGAAAAUUUGAAUAACAGAGAAGGAGAAACCAAUUAUAAAAAAGGAGAGGAGAGUACCAUUGGAGAGGUUGCCAACCAAAACUUGGAUAACUCAACAACCACAAAUGAUCCUAUUUUGAAUAGAGAGAGACAAGCGAGACGUUACCUAGCUGAGGGAUUUGUUGAGACUUACGACCAAGCAGAGCUGGCAGUUCAGCUGAUGGAGUUGGAAUUCGAGCGGGAGCUGAGUCUGUCGACGGCCAAGGAGUGCAGCUCACUUCCAGCUGCAUUGGCGCUGCUCCAACAAGAGUGCCAACUCUGCGCUGAAAAAUAUACCAUGAAACAGAUGAUUUCAAUGCUGGAGUGUGAGCAUUUCUGUUGCUUAGGAUGUGCGACGCACUACUUUACUCUGCAGAUAACAGAGCGCAACAUCAACGACUGCGUGUGCCCGUUCUGCAAGCAGCCCAACCUGGACUCGUGCGACGGCGACCAGGCUCUCAACUACUUCAGCAACCUCGACAUCCAGCUCAAGGGCUUCCUCGAGCCCGCCGUUCAUGAGCUCUUCCAGAGGAAGCUCAGAGACCGCACUCUCAUGCAAGAUCCCAAUUUCAAAUGGUGUGCAAAGUGUUCUUCAGGUUUCAUAGCCAAUCCGAGACAGAGGAGAUUGGUUUGCCCUGAUUGCAGAUCAAUGACAUGUGCCAGUUGCAGGCGACCUUGGGAGAAACAGCACGAAGGCGUAUCAUGUGCUGAGUAUGCGGCAUGGCUGGAAAAAAAUGAUCCGGAAAACCAAAUCGAUCAACAUCUGGCUGAGCAUGGUGUUACAUGUCCCAAAUGUAUGGCAAGGUACUCACUGUCUCGCGGCGGUUGUAUGCACCUGACUUGUCCGCACUGCAAGCACGAGUUCUGUUCGGGCUGCGCCAAUCCUUUCCUGAUGGGCACCAAGUGCACUGUCUCCGAGUACUGCGCCAAACUCGGCCUUCAUGCGCACCAUCCUCGCAACUGCCUCUUCUACCUGCGCGACAAAGAGCCACAGCUGCUUCAGAAGCUCCUCGACGACAACAAUGUGGAAUAUAAAAAAGAUUUACCAGAAAAAGAGGGAACUCGAUGUACGAUGCAAUUGCAAAGAGAGACUCCCGAUGGAAUGAUUGACGUCACCUGCUCUCAGCCAGUCAUUUUCAGCGGUCUUUGCAGGACACAUUACAUUGAAUAUUUGGUGAAGCAAAUUGGUCAGCAGAAGUUGGAUCCGAUUGCAAUUCUCGAUCUGAAUGAGGCUCAACAGGAGCUGCGCAGGCGAGGCAAAGCGUUGCCGGAAAGGCCAAGUCAUCUGACCGACGAUGACUACCUCAAGCUCUGUGCAAAGAUUGUGAAAGAGGAGAUUCCGCUGGAAUGAAACUUACAGAACUUGAGAAAAAUUCGAGCUGAUAACAUAACAAUAGUAGCAGAGUCAACAGUUAACCGGUUUAUUAUUUGUAUUUCAUACAAGUGACAAGUUUAUCAAUAAAACCAAUGUUUUUUUACAAUAA